AUGGCCGUAGUUCGGCUGAUCGUUUGCGUGUCGGGCGUAUACGCCAUGUUCCUUCUAUGGGCUAUAGCUCAAGAACGCCUCUCCGUCCCCUUCGCCUCGCGCACCGGCGGCCCGCCCGCACGCUUCAACUCGCCGCAAGUCCUCAGUGCGCUCCAAGCGCUCCUCAGCAUGCUCGCCGCGCUCCUCUACCUCUUCGUCCGCGCGCCUUCAAGCCAAUCCCGCGCUAUAACCCUCGGCCUCGCUCCCCCACCCACACCCCUCACAAAUGGCGCAUCCCACACCGGCUCGCACCACGGCCACAAAACCCACUCUCACUCUCAACAACCCAUCAACCCCGCCGACGUACCAAAGCACGCCAAAUCUCUACUACUCAAAUUCGCGCAAUGCGCCUUGUCUAUAUCGGCUGCUGCGCCAUUCGGCUUCGCGGCGCUCCAACACGUCUCGUACCCCGCGAUGGUCCUCGCCAAAUCAUGCAAGCUCGUCCCAGUUCUACUCAUGAACGUCCUGCUCUACCGCCGGCGCUUCGCGCUCCACAAAUACGCCGUCGUCUUCCUCGUCACGGCGGGCAUAUCGAUGUUCAUGUUUGCAAGCCCCGACAAGAAGCACGGCAAGGGCUCUAGUUCAAAAGGAGACGAGGGCAAGCAGCCGUGGAUCGGGAUGCUGUACUUAUUGGCGAAUCUGCUGUUGGACGGGAUGACGAAUAGCACGCAGGACGAGGUGUUCGCGCGCGCGCCGUGGAAGGUUAGCGGGCAACAUAUGAUGUUGUAUAUCAAUGCCUUUUCGCUGCUUAUUACGACGGGGCUGAGCGUGUUGCCGUUGCCGCAUGUGCCGGUUUUGCAUCCUGGUCCGCCGGGGGUGCCGGAGUUGAUGGAGGCUAUUGAGUUUGUGAGGGGACAUGAAGGUGUGCUUGGGCCUCUGCUUGCGUUCGCGGCGUGUGGGGCGGUGGGACAGCUGUUCAUCUUUGAGACGCUGGAACAUUUCGGUAGCUUGACGCUCGUGACGGUAACGCUCACGCGCAAACUCUUUACGAUGCUGUUGAGUGUCGUCGUAUACCGGCAUACACUCGCCAGCGGACAGUGGGCCGGCGCAGCUGUUGUAUUCGCUGGUAUCGCGCUGGAAGCUUGGGUCAAGCGACGCGACGUACACGCAAAACGCGUAUUACAAGAGAAAGAAAAGGCGAAGCUAAAGCAGCUCUAG